GGUCUCUUAGCAGAGCCAAUGAAAUGGACCUGCUUGACAUCUCUGUUCCCUUUUGUGCCUGAAAAGGAUUUUUGAGGUGACAGAAUGGCCGAAGAUACUACAUCCACUAAAUUAAGCUUGGAGUUUUGGCUGCACAAGACUCUUGAGUGGGGUCAAAUCACCACUUUAGAAUCUCAGCAAGAUGUUUGCCUUCACUUGCCUGAAUUACAGGAAUUUCUACUGCAGAUUUAUGGAGCUUUGAAACAUAUGAGCUGUACUACUGCAAUUCAAGAGUUUCCAUUAAUUGGUCAAUUAUUGGGAAGGCUUUGUUGGAAUCCCUUUGUCAUUGGCUAUGAUGAAUGCCAGAAGAUUCUAAUGUGGUGCUUAUGUUGUCUGUACAGUGGUGAACCACAGAACCCUGUGGAAUUGAAGGCCAACAGCUGGAUACAAAGCACAGUGUGCCACCUGCUGUCAUUAUCUGGACUGGGAAAUCAAGUCACUGAUAUUAACAACUUUAUUUCAACGCUUGGCUUCACAUCUGCGGAUUACUGUUCUAAACUUGUUGAAAAUGUGGUCUUAUCAUUAGUGACAGAACUCAGCAGAAAGCCGUUUAAUGGAUUUAACAGUCAACAAAGUAUCUGUUCUCGAGUAACAUCUGUGUCCCUCCUCUGUGUACCUCUUAUUACUUUGCCUGAUGUAACACCAUUGCUUGAAGUCCUUCUUAGCUAUCAUGGAGAUGAAUCACAAGAGGUCCUCCACUCUGAGUUUUUAGAAGCAGUGAGUGAGGCCAUGUUACAGAAAAAGAUUUCCUUGUCUGAAUCUGCAGUGCUGCAGUUGUGGCUCCGUCAUCCUCCUAGUCUGGAGAAAGCAUUACUCCGAAAUAUUGAGAAUUUAAUCUCCAGUCAGCUGAAUUCAAUGCAAGAGAUGGCAUGUCUGAUAAAAGGUUCUUUAUUGCACCAAGCUGCGUGUCAUCCAGCUAUCUUCAGAACUGCUGAUGAAAUUUUCAAGAAUGCCCUGCUGGAAACUGAUGGAGCACCAGAAGUAAUGACUAUAAUGCAGGUGUUUACACAGUGCUUUGUUCAAGCAUACUACCAGAACAAUAAGCAGCAUAAGUUUCCACUGAGGGCCUACUUUCCUCAUAAUCCACACUCACUUGUGAUGGCUUUCCUUAAGCAUCCCUCAGCAACUGGUUUACAUCAGCAUUUGAACCACAUUGUUGAAAUACUCAAAACAACAGUAGAUGUUAAGGGUAUCAGGUCUUGUGGUGACCUCUUUGAGAACUGGUUUUUGUUCAUUCAUUUUGGAGAAUGGGCUGAUAUUGCAGCAGAACAGUUGCUGAUGUCACAAGCUGAAUCCUCAGAUGCCUUCCUGUGGCUUUUGGUAUUUUACUAUAAUCCAAGUGAUGAGAAUCAGCAGAGAACUCGAACAAUGGUAGAAGCGAGAUCCGUAUGUGACCAUCUGACAACCUUGUCAAGAAAUCCAACCAUUUCUAUCACAGAUCUGCAGACUGCAGUUAGCGGCAAAACGAACAUAAGGCAAACAGGGACCAAACACCUGGUUAUGCAUCUGAUUAUUAGCUUUCUGCUCUUUACUUCUGGUGGACAGAGGAUAGCCAAAGAAUUCAUCACCCAUCUUGUAGUUGGAGGCCAUGAAAUCCCAGAAGUCAGAGACCUUCUUAUCCGACUUUCAAAUAGAGUUAGUCAGCUUGGAGUGGAACAUCAAAGGACUUUAAAACUGGCCAAUGAACUCCUCCAAAAACUAAAAUAAACUUGUGAAAUAGAGCAUAACUUCCUUCAUGAAUAGGCUGGAUACUUCCUUGAAUACAUCAAAAGGUCUCCAUUAACAGCCACUGCUGCAGCUCAGUAUGGUGUCAUACAAACUCCGAAAUUGUCCUGAAGUUGGAAGACUGAAUUCAAGACUGCUGACAAAGUAUAAUUCAACUAAUUAAAGUUUUGGAACUGCACUGUGGCUUGGGAGGCACAAAAAGAGCGAGAGCGAGCGAGCAGCUCUUUCUGUGGGCGCAUGGGCAAUGGGGGAGUGCCCCAUAUGCUGUAGUUAAGCAGGAACAGGACUUCAGCUUUUGUGCAGCCAGAAGGGCUUUGAAUUCUUUCAUUUUGUUUUUGUACUCAUUAUCUUGAGUCAAAACAUACAGGGUAAAAUGAAACUUUAUACUGUCCAUAGAUCUAAAUGUCUUGGAAUAAAAAAGAAGUCCAGCCAUACACAACAUUUCCAAAAAU